AUCCAUUCACAAAAAAAAGAAGAAGAAAAAAGAAAAAGAAAAACGAAAGACUCUCGAGGAGAAACGCAGCGGAGAGGCAGAAGGCGAAAGACGAACGGCGGACCGGACUGGACGUUAACGAAAACAAAAACAACAACUGAGCAUUGAGUUUAGAAUGCGCGAAUAGACGAGAGGCGCGAGCUUGGGGCUCCUAUAGAGAGAGACCACGAGAGAGAGAAACCGAGAAGUGGAAACGACAGUCGAAACGCCAAACAAAAAACCGCAUCCGCUCGCAAGUCUGAACCGAGUCGCCAUGGAGGACCUGUGCGAGAUGGACUGCUCGGUGCUCAAGCGGCUCCUGAAGGACGACGGCGGCAAGUGCCUGCUGCUGGACUGCCGCUCCUUCCUGGCCCACAGCGCGGGGCACAUCCGGGGCGCGGUGAACGCCCGCUGCAACACCAUCGUCCGGCGGAGGGCCAAGGGCUCCGCGCUGAGCCUGGAGCAGGUCCUGGCCGGGGACGAGGAGGCGCGGGCCCGCCUGCGCUCCGGCAUGUACUCCGCCGCCGUGCUGUACGACGAGCGGACGCAGGACGCCGAGGCGGUGAAGGAGGACAGCACCGUGACGCUGGUGCUGCACGCGCUGCUCAGGGACUCCCGGGGGACACGCGCCUACCUGCUCAAAGGAGGAUACGACAGAUUUUUCACAGAGUACCCGGAGUUUUGUAUAAAGACCAAAUCCUUACAUUCCCUCACCAGCCAGUCCAGUGUGGACUCUUCCUGCUCGUCAUGUGGAACGCCGCACAAUGACCAGGGCGGCCCCGUGGAGAUCCUCCCCUUCCUCUACCUUGGCAGCGCCCUUCACGCCUCAAAGAAGGAGGUGCUGGACGCCAUCGGAAUCUCCGCCCUGCUCAAUGUGUCGGCUGACUGCCCCAACCACUUCGAGGGCGCCUACCAGUACAAGUGCAUCCCGGUGGAGGACAACCACAAGGAGGACAUCAGCUGCUGGUUCCUGGAGGCCAUCGAGUUCAUCGACUCGGUGCGGGACUCCAGCGGGCGCGUGCUGGUCCACUGCCAGGCGGGCAUCUCCCGCUCGGCCACCAUCUGCCUGGCCUACCUGAUGAAGCGGAAGCGCGUGCGUCUGGACGAGGCCUUCGAGUUCGUGCGCCGGCGCCGCAGCAUCAUCUCGCCCAACUUCAGCUUCAUGGGCCAGCUGCUGCAGUUCGAGUCGCAGGUGCUGGCCACCUCCUGCGCGGCCGAGGCGGCGGCGGCCACGGCCAGCCCGCUGCUGGGGCCCAAGCCCUCGGCGGGCGCCGCCGCCACCGCCGCCACGCCCACCUCCCCGUUCAUCUUCAACUUCCCCGUGUCGGUGGUCAACCCGGCCUACCUGCACCACAGCCCCAUCACGACGUCCCCCGGCUGCUGA